AUGCCUCACAAGAUUCAAGAUGAAAGUAAUAUCUGUGAAGUUCGAGGACUUUAUGGUAAUCAAGAUCUGCUGGCCUUAAUAACAAGGAUGAUUGGUAAGGAAAUUAUAGUUGAGACGCGUGAUGGCACAAAAUUUGAGGGAAUUUUCGCUGGCUGCUCUCCAGAUGUAACUAUUUUUUGUUUUUUCUACUGUUUGCUAAAUACUAUUGAUGAGUUUUUUUUCUCUCAGUUGAUUCGUCAAUUUAUUAUUGAUAAACUGCAGUUUGAUAGGGAUUGUGUUUUUAGUGUGGAAGCAAAGUGUCGAGAUGAGAAGCGAAUUGAAGGAUUUGCAACGGAUCGGGAAUAUGCGGAUCAAUCUGCUCCCAUCAUGGACAUGGAGCUGCAAGCUUGGGAGACGGAAGAAGAUUACGACGGUAGUUUGUCACUGAACGAGGAUCAAGAGAAUGGUUGGAGUGCUGAGCAAAUGUUUCAGGCAAACGAUAUCUUGGGAGUGAAAAGUACAUUUGAUGAAAACAUGGUGGAAUACGCGACUGCUGAUGUGCAAGGUGAUGCCGAAGAUUUCAAACGGGCAGAACGAAUCGCUCAGGAGAUUAACAGUAGUAGCACUAGCCGAGCACGUGCACAAUUGGAAAAUGACGAUGAAGAGCGUGAUCUAGAUAAAGAAACAUCAGAAUUUCGAGUGCAGCAGAAUAGUCGGAAAAUAUCAGGCGCAGGACGUGGAAACCAGUCUGGAAAUACACGAGAUAAGGGAACUUUUAACAUGUCUAGAGGACCACCAAAUAGUAAGCGAUUGGAUGGCAUACCAGGGGCCGCAAGAGGAAGAACCUAUGGGUCAGGUUCGUCUCGUCUGUUCACAAAUUCAUCUAUGGGCCAUUCAUUGAGAGGUCCUGGUGCAGUCUCAGGACCCGCUUCACGAUACCUACCGAGUGGUAUUUUAGAAAGACCAACUGCACAAGAAUUGCAUUUACAGUUUGGACGUAUGAUUUUUUUCUUUAAUUUAGUUGGAAUUUUGAAGUCACUUACAUAUAUGAUUGCCAUUUUUUCUUCAGAAUGGGUUCGACGUGGAGAAAGCUCAGGCCCCAUAUCAGUUACUGAAAAUAGAGGUGGGAGACAAACAGAACAAGUAAUUGGAAACAAUGGAAGAGUGUACAAUCAACGUCUGGCGACCAAUCAUCAUGAGGGACAAUUAUCUCGCGAUGAAAGUAGAAAUUUACAUUAUCAAAACACAUCAAAUAAUGCAGGGAGUUCCUCUCGUCAACUGACAUCGAAACAGACAGAACGGGUCAGGAAUUUGAAAGAAUUUCACCAAAACUUCAACAGUACUUUUCAGCCUUCACAUUCAGUUCAUACUACCAACGAUGAAUCUCAACGUACAAACACUACACAAGGACCGGCUACAUCCACUGUUGUAUCAAGACCAGUGAAUAAUGCAUGGAAUAAAGGACCACCUCCAGGCAUGCGAGGAUCCGUUACUUCAUCAACGCAAGUGGCUCGCAGUGGUGUAACAUGUUCAGAUGUUAUAGACUUGCCAUCAGGAAAAGAUGUGGAAGUAUCAGCUGCAAUUGUUACUGUUACUUCGGGAACAACUGCAGCGAGCUCCUGUACAUCACAUGACCAACGAACAUUCCAGUCAACAACGACUAGAGCUAGAGGACUUGUGCAGACAACAGUUAAUGUUACUGUUCCAGGGCGUUCGUCUCUUACAGCGGCAGCAUCAUCGUCACCAAGUACGGUAGCAUUGGCUGUGGUCUCGGAAUCACGUCCUGCUAAAUCAGUAUCAGCAACUGCUCGUUCCUGUGAUAGAACGCCACCGUCUUGUGCAGAUGUUAUUGCUCGAGUUUCAGAACCGCAAACCUCAACAACGCAUACACAUCAGACCCAUCAUUUGUCUGCUGCUGCUUCUUCUUCUUCCAUUGCUCCAACUGAUCCCACACCCAGUGCUCCAAUGACCGAUACUGCGAAAACAACUACUACCAAUGUAGUCAGCACUACAUCCGAUGGGCGACAGUUUGUUUGGAAUCCGGAUGCUCCAUCGUUUGUCCCGAGGAAUCAAUCAGUUACCACAUAUCGCAACCCUGAACAUUUUAGCCAUCGCCCUACAGUGCAUAGUAUCCGCACUCCCCCUGGUCCACAGCCUCUCAUGUCUGCUCAUAUUGCGGCACCGAGCCAUGUGCAAGGAUUGGCUCUAGCCAACGCACAAGGUUUAUCAGUACAGACUGUACCGUCAAUAGCUCAUGCAGGACCACCACAGAUGUUUCCUUAUGCACAGCCUAAUGCUUAUGGUCCUGCUGUGCCAGUUUAUUAUAGUACGCCAGUAGUACAUACUACGCCAAGUGUGGCAGCAGCAACAGCAACAGCCGCAAACGUUACGGGUGGUCCGAUCGUUGCAAAUACGAAUGGUUUACCUGUUGGACGGCAGGGUCAAAUGUCUGGACAAAUAAAUUCUAGCAAUAGACGAAACCAACAGCAGUUUAUUCAAGGUGUAACAGGAAUGUAUGUUCCUGGAGCUAGUCAACCUUACGCUCAGCAGCUAAUGACUCAGUAUCAGGUCCGUUUAAUGCAAUGUUUAGACUUUCAGGUACCAUAUUUUGCACCUUUCCCAUCGCAGCUGUCGAUUGGAACCUCCAGUAUGCCACCACCGCCGCUUCCUCCCCCAACUACAAAUACAGUUCUCACAGGUCCUCCACCUUAUCCCCUAAUACAGAUACAUAUGAUGCCGCGCUUACCGCACCCUCAUGCAACUAUAGAUUAUUCAGUUGCAGCACCGACAGUAUUAAAUGCGCAACAACAGCAGCCUCAGCAAGUAUCUAGCAGCACUUCCAGCAAUGGAACAGGAUCGAAUGGCCAGAACAGUCAAACAGCAACACCUGGUCCUGUAGUUUCGCCUCCUCAGGUACAUCAGCAGCAACAGCCGUCACUUACACAUUAUCCACAGUCGGGUACCCCACAAUCGCCACACACUCUGUUCGUCACACUUCCACCAGGGCAACCAACAUCAGCAAGCGCCCAGCCGCAUUUAUAUGUCCAAGCACCGCAAUUUCCUUUUCUUGCGGCUGGACAACCGGGCUUUGUGAUGGCAUAUGGUCCACAACCUGUUGUUGUCCAUCCUCCUGUCGCAGCGCCUACGGCGCAUAUACCAUUUUCUCAAGCGCAUCAAACUCAUGGGCAGGUUGUCAAUUUAAUUUCGGGUCCUAGUGAACAUUUCCAAGUAUCAGCAACUGAACCAGCUGUUGUUCCUCAACCUUCGUUGCCAGGUGCUCAUCAGGCGUAUAUUUCGGGUACAAGUGAUCAGAUUUAUGGACAAUAUAUGCAUGUUCAACCGCAGCACUCUAGUGCAUUUCAACAGUCAUUACCACAACAACCUUCUCAACAGCAAGCAGCAGGUAAUGUUGGGUCAUUGCGUAAUUCAGUCAAUCCAGGAACUGGUGCACCACCGUUGCAACAUCAAACUUUUCAACCUGGUGUUAUAACUCCAAACAGCUCGGCUGCCCCAAGUAAAUUUUAAUG